UUUGCAGAAGUUCGUUUGGCCGACCAAGAAACCCAAACCUUUACUGCUCUUAAAGAGAUAUCUGCGGGUUAUUAUCACAACUACAUAGUAUGACUUGGAGUUUCAUAAAAUACUUUCACUAAAAUACUGAAGCCAAAUUAUUCUGUACUUGGUUGCUGACCUUGUCAAACUGGUUCGGGCUGGUUACUAACAGAAAUAACAAAAGAGACCCACCCACCACAUUAGUUGGAUUCCAGGCUUCUCUUCCUGGAUCUUUCGCCCGGAAGAAUCUCACUCGGUGUCUCCUUUUCGCUGCUCUCUGCAAAGCAGUCUUUAAGAUUGCAUUCUGCUUUUCACAGGGAAACUUUUGCAUUUCACACAAAAAUGAGUUAUCCAGGAUACCCUUCUCAGCCUGGUGGCUACCCUCCCCAAGCUGGUGGGUACCCACCUCAGCCAGGAGGCUAUCCCCAACAACCAGGUUCUUAUCCUCCUCAAGGAGGGGGCUACCCUGGCCAACCCGGGGGCUACCCUGGCCAACCCGGGGGCUACCCUGGCCAACCCGGAGGCUACCCUGGCCAACCCGGGGGCUACCCUGGUCAACCCGGAGGCUACCCUGGCCAACCCGGGGGCUACCCUGGCCAACCCGGGGGCUACCCUGGCCAACCUGGGGGCUAUCCUGGGCAACCCGGAGGCUACCCACAACAACCAGGUGGAGCUGGGGGCUAUCCCUCCAUGCCUCCUGCAGGAGGCAACACUCCAUGGGGAGCUGGACCUGGCUUUGGGAUGCCAGGAGGGGGCAUGCCUCAGGGAAUGGGAUACCCCGGUGGCCCAGCCCCAGGUCAGCCUACACCGGGGUACCCAGGAGGUCCUGCACCAAAUCCGUCCAUGCCAGGCUAUGGGGGAGGUGUUCCAGCCGGCCCAGCGGUGAACAAGGGAUUCCGGGGGACAAUAAAUGAUUUCCCCGGGGCUGAUCCCCUGAAGGAUGUAGAAGUGCUCCGGAAAGCGAUGAAGGGUUUUGGCACAGAUGAGAAGGCAAUCAUAGAGCUUCUUGGAAAUCGAUCCAGCAAGCAGCGUGUGCCAAUGGUUAUGGCCUACAAAACAACAUAUGGAAAGGAUUUGAUAUCUGAUUUGAAGUCCGAGCUUUCGGGUAACUUUGAGAAGCUUGUCCUAGCCAUGGUGACAUCACCCUCCCAUUAUGAUGCGUAUGAGCUCAGACAAGCCAUGAAGGGAGCGGGCACUGAUGAAGCAUGCCUGAUUGAGAUCCUGGCGUCCCGUUCCAACGCUGAGAUUCGGGAGAUUAAUCAGAUUUUUAAAAGUGAGUACAAGAAGACACUGGAGGACACCAUUAAAAGUGAUACCUCAGGGCACUUCUGCAGACUUUUAAUCUCACUUUCACAGGGUAAUCGUGAUGAGAGGGAGACUGUUGACAUAUCUUUAGCUAAGCAGGAUGCUCAGAAACUUUAUGCUGCUGGAGAAAACAAAGUGGGCACUGAUGAGUCUCAGUUUAAUGCCAUCCUGUGUGCUAGAAGCAAACCGCACCUGAGAGCAGUUUUCCAAGAGUACCAGCAGAUGUGCGGCAGAGAAAUAGAGAAAAGCAUUUGCAGGGAGAUGUCUGGAAAUCUGGAGUCUGGCAUGGUAGCCGUGGUGAAAUGCAUUAAGAACACACCUGCCUUCUUCGCUGAGCGGCUGCACAAGGCUAUGGCGGGGGCUGGGACAAAGGACCAUACCCUGAUCCGGAUCAUGGUGACCCGCUCCGAGAUCGACAUGCUAGACAUUCGUCAGGAGUAUUUGCGGACCUACGGAAAAUCCCUGUAUACGCACAUCAGUGGGGAUACGUCUGGGGAUUAUCAGAAGCUGCUGUUGAAGUUGUGUGGAGGAAAUGACUGAGGGCAUCUGGGGACAUUUCCUGAUUUUUCUGAAGACAGGAGGGUCUGCCACUAUUUGAAUAAAGAAAUGUGGUCAUUUACUGGCACCCAGAAUACUAAUAAUAUGUAACUCUGCAUGUAUUUUCCCUUCACGGUGCAUUUUACCGCUAAAGUAAAUGUUAUUGCAAAGUAGAUAAAGGAAUACACAUUUUUCUAUAUUAUAUGCGAUUAAUAACUCACUCUUUGAACUAAUCUCGAGGGUAUAUAAUCUGAAAGGUUUUAACACAUUAAUAUUUUUGUGUGAUCUCUUGGCUAAAUUCUUUUCUUUUAUUACAAGCUUGCUUUUCUGAAUAUCUGUGCAAGAUAAUUUCUAUUCUAUCUUAGCAGUGCUCAGCAUCACCAUAAAAGAGAGCUGUACUGUUAACAUAUGGAGUAUAUAUGUAGCUUAGGAACAUAUUAUUGGAUGGCAACAUAAAAGUGAGCUUUUGACCCCAAAGCUUUCCUCAGAAUGUUAUCAGAGUUUGAAAUAAAAGGCAAGAUGUCUGUGCAUUA